AUGGUAUUUUUGCGUAUAAUGUUGAUUUAGCCGUACUAAGUGUUAGAGCACUAAAAGAUAGGCUUCUAACGCUAGGAUAUAUCACUUUUAGGGAUGCUAGACUCUGCAGAAUCGAUUGGAACAGAGAAAUAGAAAUGACUAUGAGGUCUGAUGCUUUGACCAAGGCGGACUUGGAGAAAGUAUUGCAAGAAGAUUAUAAAAUCUCGAGUGGGGAUAUUACUCUUAUUCCACAGUUCAAACCAGUUACCUGUCCUGUUGACGAAAACGCUUCAGAGUUUAAGCUCUACAUUGACGAUAUCCUUCGCAGGAUAAGGAAUAUGGGACCAGUUGUAGAUAGUAACGAGGCUAUGCGUUGUGAGUAUAUUUCUACCAUUCUUCACACGGCGUUGAGUCUCCUCAAAGGUUUAAUAAUCACUCCCCAGAUGAAAAUAACCGGCGAGAUAAAUACUGGUCGUGUUGACUAUGCAAUCAAAAAAAUUCUGGACGACUUGCUUGAAGAAAUAAUAUGCAUAACCGAGGGUAAACAGAAUCAAGUAUCUGCCAAAACUUACUACAAUAUCGAAGUGCUUGUGAUCAAUACAUCUAUACCAAAGUCUCCAAUUCAUUCAAUAAGUUCACAAUCAUCUAUUUCGCCAAAUAUUGAGGGAAUUUCAAAGCAAUCGGAUUACUCUGAUCAUUCUAUUGAGAAGAAUAAUGCUGACCCUAUAUCUCAGAAUUUCGAUUCAAUACCUUUAAAUCAAACUAAUAUAUCUUCCGUUGUAGACCAUAAAGACAAUGAUGGCAUGGUGUUUGACAUUCAGAUUUCUGAAUUCUCCUUAGAAGCGAUUCUAACAGGGUCUAGUAAUAUUACAGCACAAACCAUAGUCGAUCUAUUUAAUGUAGCAAUGAAGGACAUUGGUAUACAGCAAAAUCAAAUUCCUUCUUCCAGACAUUACUGA